AUGAAGCAUAGCUUCUUCCUUGUUUUUGCUGCUCUGAUUGUUAUUAUUGAGACGAAGAAGAAUGAUACAAAUCCAGGCAGUAUAUUUAAUUCUCGAUUGGCAUCUAGCUGUGCUGACUUAAAUUGCAAUAAUGGCCGUUGUAUUGAGUCAGGUCAAGGACCACAAUGCAUAUGUGAUGAAGGCUUUUUUGGUACGAUUUGUGAUCAACAAGGUGCAGACUUCUAUCAUCGAACUCAUCUUAUGCCUGGACUUGCUGAUCCAGAUAUUUUAGCAGUUAAUGAUGAUCUUUUCUUUUUAACUGGUACUUCUAAUGCACUUGAUUUACCAUUCUUUCAAUCUACUGAUCUAAUCACUUUUCACUUGAAAAUCAUAUAUAAUCCUUCGGUUACUGAUCCUCAAUAUAACUACUGUUUUAUUUGGGCUCCUGAUCUUUCACAACGGGGUACUGGUUAUGAUUUAUAUUUCUCUGCUCAACGUGUAUUGAAAGGUGCAGCGUGUCCAGCGAAUGGACAAGAUGUUACUACAUUUUUUGCAAGAGCUGUAGAUCAAAAUCUUAUUUUCGAUAAACCUACACUUGUGGAUUUUGGUAAUAAUGCUCCUAAGGGAAGAAUUGCGGCAGGCUGUAACGCUGAAGGUUGUUUGAAGACAGUUCGAAUCGAUUCUGCUGUUGUUGGUCCUGAAAAUGAUCGUUGGUUUUUUUAUACAUGGUUCAGUGGUGGAAAUAAUAUAGCUGCAUUUCCAUUCUCUUCACCAACUAAUCUAGUGGCUAACGCUGGACCAGCUUCUUUUUCUAUUCCUGCCACUGAUGAAAAAAUCAACGAAGCACCUGAAGUAUUCUGGUAUCGAGGACAAUAUUACUUCUUUAUUAGUACAGCAUUCUUCGACAGUCAAUAUGCAAUGCAAUACGUGAUGGCACCAACUAUUGCCGAUCUAACUCGAAGACGUGCAGUACGUAGUCAUUCAGUUGCUCAGCGAAAUUCAGCAGGACGUUUAGUUCAAAGUCAUGGACAUAAUUCUAUCGUUAUGAGACGUGGCCAAGUUUUUAAUGUAUUUCAUCAAGGUAUCUUUGAUAGUGCCGGACGCCUGAUUGGAAGAGAUACAUUCAAGCAACGUAUUGCAUUUCGACCAGAUGGUUCAUUACAAACAUUGAACACUAUUGAUAUUCGUUGGAAUCAACUUCCUUUACAUCAAUAUUCUAUUGAUGUAGUACGAAAAGAUGGAUCUACAAUAGGUCCAUGUAUUUCUGUAAAUCGUAUUGGUGCAACACUAGCAACAACCUAUACUGGUAUAUGUCCAGAUGGUAAUAAUAUAUUGUUGGAUAAAGGUGAUAUUUCAGCAUUCCGAUUAUUUUAUUCAACGAGUCAAGUAUGGAAAGAUUUUGUUGAAGCAAAAUAUGAUGGAGUAGCAGAUCAAUUUGCUUUUUAUUUACCGGGCGGUAUUACAAAGCAAAUAGUUCUACGUUGGAAUGAACGUAUGACAGGUACAACAUAUUCUCUAGAUGUUCGACGUCAAGAUGGAACUUGGGUUUCUCCUUGUGUCGGUGAUAUAGUUAUUGGUAGUAGAAUUGAAUAUGUCUUUGAUGGUAAUUGUAGACAAGCUAAUAGUUUUAUCGAACCACGUGCUAUCAAUUAUAUACGUAUCUGUUCUGCUAUAAAUAAUGAUUGGCCAAGAGCAGUCUGUGGUGGUGUACCAUAUGAUGGAAUAGCAAUUCAUGUAUCCGUUACUAUACCAUAA